ACUCCUUCCCAGAAGCCCCCCAGCAGAUUUCCCCUAACGUCUCAUUGGCUAGGACUGUGUCAUAUGGCCACUUCUAACUGCAAGGGAGGCUGGGAAAGGUACGAGCCCCCCCAAACCCUCUCACCCCUGCCCCCACCUGCCCCAUCGCCCCCAGCCUGGCAGGCUCGGGCCCUGGGCACUGCCCGGUUGCAGCUGGUAGAGUUCUCAGCAUUUGUGGAACCGCCGGAUGCAGUUGAUUCGUACCAGAGACACCUGUUUGUGCACAUCAGCCAGCACUGCCCCAGCCCUGGAGCGCCACCUCUCGAGAGCGUGGAUGUCCGGCAGAUCUACGACAAAUUCCCCGAGAAAAAGGGUGGCCUCCGAGAGCUGUAUGAUCGUGGCCCCCCCCACGCCUUCUUCCUGGUCAAGUUCUGG